GAAGUAAAAAUUGUAGCUUACCAGUAGGAGUAAGACGUGUGAAGUUAUUAAUAUUCUAGUAAAUGACACGUGCCUGUUUACUUUCCUCGAAAAGCAUUGUUGAUUAAUCUGAUUAGGUUAGAAAGAUAAACAUAAUGAUAAAUGAAUUCAAACUGAAAUGGGGAAAGGAGAAAGGCGAAUAGAUGGAAAGCACAGUAAGCAACAGAUACAACGGGGUGGGUCGGGCGCUGGCAGUAUUUACAAGGUGUGACUCUGUAACUGAUGAUGCGAACCUACUCGCGGAUUUUCAUGAAGGGAUUCACACUGCGGCUGAUAAACAUAUCGGGAAAGGAGAUGCACUAUUUAAAAGUGACAUAGAGAUUUCUGCGCGUUAAUCAGUAAGAUGACGCAGCGCGUUCAUGAGGGUUUUCAGUUGCAUCCAACGCCGAAAGUGGCACAGUUAACAGGGAGAUAUGCAUUAUUAAUAUUAUAUGAAAAGAAGCGCCAAAUGCUCAACCUGAGCGUGGUCUUAAGAAGUUGAAGGGCAUCGCGAGGCAUGGAGCCAAAUAAAGGAGACUGAGGGACGUUCUUAGAGACGUCCAAGCAUUGACCAUAGAUGGACGUAACAUUUGUAAUAACUAAAACGGAUGAGUGAACGUGAGGCCGAGGGUGCUUCAGUCCCGCCCCUUGCCCCCAUUCUUCACUCUGAUUGGUCAUGACCCUGUGCCAGCACGCCUCCAGAGCUCCGAUCCUGCUGCUCCUCUUGUAUGGUGUUGCUCAGCGCCUCAGCAUCGCCGUCCCUGUGGUCGGCGACCGGGACAGUGAUGCAACAGCUGCCCCGGAGCAAACAAUGCAGGCUGAGGCCAGGGAGCAGUGGGAGAAGGAGGUGAGCCUGAUCCAGAAGAUUCCGGAGGAGGAGCUCCUGAAGGAUAUGGAUCCCAGGACUUUGGCGGUUGCUUUGCUGGACACCAUUUCCCAGCCGGUGGAGAAGGUGGGGGACGAGAAGGUCGAAGCAGUAGGGGGCAUGCAAAGGGUUCUUCGAGGUCUGGGUGAUUACAUUAUGCCCAGCCCACCUACCAUUACUGAAAAUGUGUACAAGGAACCUGAAGGAGAGGAAGAGGAUGAGAAAAGCAGGCCAGGGAUGGGGCAGCAGGGGUUGGAAAGGCUGACAAAGGAGGGAGCAAAUGAUAACCAAGCUGAGACCUCAAAGACAGAGCUAGCAGGUGAGGAGAGGCAGGGGAAGGAGGAGGAAGAGGAUGACGGGCAGCAAGAUGAGGUCAUGAGGAAUCUACAGAACCUGCUAGGAAAGUUACAGAGACAAGGCCUGGGGACGAAGGAGUUAGAGAAGUCAGUGCUUUACAGAGAGGCCCGGGGAUAUUUCCCAAACAUAGACUUGGGCCUCCAGAAUAAUGAGAUACUGCCCCCACUGAAGGGUUAUAAGCUGUACAACCAGCAACUUGCCAGGGCGGGGAAGAAACUGAAAUGGCAAGAGGAGAAGAGUAGGAAGACACAGCCGAAAUUCAAUCAGAUGAACUUCAUGAGGGACUUUGAAGAAGAGAAUGAAGGUGAUGGUGAGGAGGAGUUCCUGACACGUGAGGAGGAGGAGGCGCAAGCCCGGGCUGAGCAGGAGGAGGUGAGGAGACAAGAGGCCGAGGCCCAGAGAGCGCGGGCUGAGGAGGAGAGGCUGGCCGACAUCGCGUCCGAUCGCGUCCUGCAGUACAUGGUGAAGAAGCAGGCGGCCAGUUACGCAAAUCAGCGAAGGAAGGCUGCCCUGGCCACCAACGCCGUGGAGGACAAGCGAUCGGAGGAGGAGGAGGACGACGAGGACGACAUCGACCCUCAGACUAUCGACAAGCUGAUUGAAAUCUCCAGCAAAUUGCACCUGCCCGCUGAUGACGUUGUUGACAUCAUCAGUGAUGUGGAGGAGAAGAAGAAAAAGAGGAAGGACAUGCCGCAAAAUUUGCCUCGCUAUCGCCCCCUGGUGCCCCCCCCAAUCCCAGCCUCCCGGUACUCUUCCACUGUGAAAUCACCGCCGUUUAGCCCUUAUGGCAAAUGGUUCAAGGGCAAAGCUAAGCCAUGGAAGCAGGACUUCUGGUCCAAAUCUCAGAAGCAGUUCCUUGCCUACCCUUCAUAUCCAUUCUACCAGAAACCGUACCGUGCUUACUAUCCCGUGUACUUCCCACUCCCAAAUCCCAAAUCACGCUACUUCACCAAGCCAGCACUGUCCUUUGAUGAGCUGCUGGGGAGCUCCAUGGACCACGAGUUUGACGUUCCGAAGCACAGGUACCGGCCCUGGGGUCAGAGCCGCCCCAGAAAGCGUCCUGCACGUUUGCCGGGUCCCUACAUCCCCAACUACAUCCUGCCCCAUCCCCGAACUUACGUGGUUCCCAAACCUCGGCAAACACCCCACCUUCGCCCCUCCCUCUACUAUCCCCCCCCAGCUCCUGUGGCUUCCCAGGAUGACAGCUACUACGACCUGAGAGGACAACAGCAGGAUAGUGACGAGGAGCUAGAAAACUUCAUUGAGAAGGUCUACUUGAAACGUAGACUGUUUCAGUAAUAACCGAUAAUGAAGAAAACUGAGAGGUAACAAGCUAUAAAGGACUGAGAGAAAGUGAGACAACUGGAGAGAUUGCUCUGAUUUUUUCCACUUUCUUGUAUUGUAUUGCAAAUGGGAGACAUUACUUGAUGAUGAUUUGAUUACUUGAUUAUAUGACCUUUUUGUUUUGUUUAGGUAAUCUCCAUCUUGACCUGGUGUUCAGGUAUAUCCGACCUGGGAUCCAUCUUGCAUGCAUUGACUUUUCUUUAAACCAAUGAAAUGCAAGAGAAAAAAAACGUUUACACGUUUUCUUUUUGUUGAGUGCCAAAUACACCCAGAAAAUCAAAUGCUUCUCUCUCCCUCAGAAGGGCACACACACACCUAGACAGUCCCUAGGCAGGUAAACCUGUUAAAUUAAUAUAAUAGUUUGUACUUUGAGCAUAAAAUAUACAGGUAUAAAAUAAAGGGGGAUCAAACAGUUUCAUACAAUUUCAGACCUUUCUGUGUGCCUGGAACUAACAUAUUGCUCUGUGACCUAAGUGUCUGUUUCAGUUUGUUACACUUUGAUCAGUGUCAUCUGUGUACAGGGUUUUUUUUUUUUUUAAAUGAUCUGUUGGUCUUUUUGUAAACCAAACACUUGUGUAUCUUCUUUUCAUACGGCGGUGUGAAAUGAAUUCAUACAUUCCAGCAGUUAAUGAGAAACAAAACAUUAUUAAUGCAAGCUGUGACCAGACCAGAGUUCUACUGCCUUACUCUCCUUUAUGACGAGGCUGCACCGUGAAAACAUCACACCAAAGCUUCAGGAGGUGCACUUUUUAACAUUUAGGGAGAAGCAGCUUCCUUUGGCCUUGCUCUUGGAGCUCUGCUGAGUAUUGCUUCUUCAUAGGGCUGCUCUGCUUCUUUCACUGGAGGGAGUGGAUUGGCCUAGCUGGACCUGUUUUGAUUUAUAAGGUAGACGGGGCCGUGGAGGGGGUGGGGGGGGGUCUUUUACAUAGGGUAUUUAUUGAGCUGGCCCUCUCUCUGUCUGCCUCUGUCUGCCCUAGUGCCCCUGCUUUCUCCUAUGUCACCCCAUUGUCUUCCCUCCAGGCUCAGAUCAUUCAUCAGCUUGGCGAACCACCAUUUUCAUUCUUUAUAGCAUCCUCACACAAGCCCAACCGAAACUUAUAUGAGAGUAACACUCAUGCGACGCCGCAAUGACAAUCCCCAGCUAAAGACCCCAGCAUGACGACCACACAGCGGAGGCCCACUGAGACUUCACUCUCUGAAGCUCUUUGGCAGUUUCGUGGCCAAACCGAGGCACUUUCCUCACAUGCUUGUUCGUUUCAUUCAUAAUUAUGGCAUCUAUAGCAUCCUGGAGUGACAGAUGCAAGGGGUGUGAUUACUGCUUUCUCUGUCUCGUGCUCUCAAAGUGACCACAACAGGUUAAGCCAUUUUUACAGGAAGUCAUGAAUGCAAAACGUAUAAAAAAAAGGGAAGUCACCGGGAUGUCUGUUUUAUUAUUUUUUUUUAAAGAACUUGGAGAAAGGAAAGUGGAAGAGUGGAGAAAGUAGGGGAAAGGGAAAAGAGAGGGAUCGUGCAAGAGAGAGGAAAGGAAGGGCAAAAUAGAUUGCACGUCUGUGUGUACUUGCAUCUCUUAAAAACUAAAAAAAACUGUGGGAAAACGUUGUUUCUUUGAAUAAAUUUGCUCAUUAAAAAACGUUAAAAAAAAAACUUGUGACGAUGACUAGCAUACACAAGUAAAAAUGUUGAGUCUUGUAAAAGGAAACUGUCCUUGAUGUCUCUUCCAAAUUGUGAAUUGUACAGUAUUUAAUAAACAUGCGUCUGCAGUGUGUAAAUAAAAGCAUGUCGAUUACUAGUUUUGCUAAAAGAGAAAAAUAAAAGCAACUAUUUUAUUAAAAAUCAGCUUUUUAAUGCCUUUUUGGAAAGAUACACGUUAAGUUUAUUUGGUGACAGAAGAAACCUGGUAAUCUAAAUCCAGAAAGAGAAAAUGACCCAUGCCCAUAAUCCGUAGGGGUGCUCCGUACGGCUUGUGCGCUGGACCAGACACACUUAGACCUAAUAGUCAAAGUGGAGGCCAUAUUACGCACAUUAUCCUGUCAUUG